UGGGUAAAGCAAUCAGCCACUUCAGAGCUGGUUUGUAGUUGAAGGGUUUGCUGGGCUCUCAGUGCCAAGCUCUGAAAGUGGUUUGAUUCCUGUGAUUUUUGUCUUUGCUCGUGAACAACAUGAGGAGGCCUGAGCACAUUUUGUUAUGGAACUUCUUGAUGGCUGCAGUUGUCACCAUGAGUCAAGCGAGGCCUAACCUGAAGCUCAAUUCGCAGUCAGGCAGCGGUUUAAGGUCAGACUGUGCAGGGAAUCUGAUGAGACUCUCCUUAGACAAGGCUCUGGCUGAGGGGAACCAGCUUGAGGUGGAAGCCAUCAAUGGCACCCAGCACGUUGCGUUGACGCCCAGCCUGGCCGCUCAGUGUGGCUACAGCAUGGAGUCUGACCCUUGGGGCAACACCAGAAUCUACACGUCUCUGAUGGGCUGCUAUGUGGACAACAAAAAUGAUGCAACCUUUAAUGUUGCCUUGAGACUCCAAAUGUACAACCAUCAGAAUCCUUCCAAUGUGGCCACUCAUGAUGUGACCAAGACGUGCAGCUACACUCGCUGGGCCUCCAGAGAGAUUCUCUGCGACAGGAACUAUAUGGAAGUAUCACACCACAUGGCUACACCUGCUGCUGAGGCUAAGGGACAAGCUCAGGAUGUUAAAGAUGAAACCCAGAUCAACGCCAUUCCUGGUGAAUCUGAUGGAGCACAUGGUAUCUGGAAAAUGACGUUUUUCACUCCAGACCCAGUUCCGAUGGUCCUGAGGGAGGCCACCCAAGCUGGCUACACCGCCAUGACCACCACGAACCGCCUGGUCAUGCGAAGCCCUUACGAUACAGCAGAGACUUACUCUGAGGAGGUGGCUGGAGUCCCCAUGGAGGUUUUGAAAGUGAGCACUUACUACAAGACACCGCACGGUCUGAGUGUGGUGAACUUGGCAGCUGCUUGUCCCACAGGUGGCGUCCUCUUCACCGAGGAGGCCAUCUCAUGGUACGUGCCUCGUCGGGUGACGCCCCUGGUAGACGGCAACUUUAAAAUCCUAGAAAUGUUCAUGGGCAUCAACGGAGAGAGGCUGGAUAAAUCUCAGAUGGCAGCACGAGGGUACACACUAUCUGCCUCUGACUUUCACAUCGUUGUCGAGAUCCCCGUGGGAUCGCCUGAUGGUUACUACAAGAGCCAUGCCCCAGAUUACCAGUACCACAUCGCCUAUAACGUGGAGCCCAUGUUGGAGGUACUGUGGAGGGCAGAGGACACUCAAGAUGAUACCAGAUACAAGGUUUUGUUCCCCAUCACCACCCCUCUGAUGCCCAGACCGCCACAAGUCAUAGAUGCCACUGUCCCACAGGACAGGAUGUUCACUGUGCACGUGGGAACUUUUCUUCCUGAUGUGGAGCUCAGGAACAUCACCUUCUCCACUGGAGUUCUCACUGUAGAGGAAAGUAAUGCCAGAGGCUUUCCAGUGCAAGAGCACAGCUUCUCCAAUGGAUCUAAGAGCUUCUCUCUGCAAGUGCCUUUGGAAGCUGAUGUCGUCCUGAAACAUAAUCCUGAGCCCUUGGUCACGACCUACUUUCUCCCUCUGGUCUUUGGAUUUCUGACUCUGCCAGAAGAAACUCCUUUCGCCCACUCAGUGAAUUUGGAGACAUCUCUGCAGGAUGUUGUGCUUCCCACACUGUCUGGUUCUUGUGACCAGAAUGCUUUUUACAUCAGUGCGAAAUAUGGGAGUCAGGGCCCCAGUUUCCAGACCCUGGUUGGGUACCAGCAACUGAACACUGAGCAGAUGGAGACUUACAACUUUGCAGAAAACGGCACACACUUCAGCCUCGUGGUGCCCUACAGCGCCAAGGACGCAGCAUUUGAGCUACUUACCUCUGACUCAAUCAGAGCCAGACUAAAUAUUCUCUUGUGGGACCCAAACAACAACUGGGUGCUUGCUGAUCUCUACCUGUCCUGCCGUUUCCCGUUCAAAACGACUAAGUGCCACCCAAACGGCACAAUGACUGCUCUGGCUGUGAAGCUGGAAUCGGUGCCCAACCUUGAUCCGAGCAUGCUGACUCUGAAGGACCAGUCCUGCAAACCAGUUUUUAGCAACGAUCGCUUCGCUCAGUUUUCUUUCAGUGUUGAUUCCUGUAAAACCACUAGAGUGUUUUUUGACAACUACGUGCUGUAUGAAAAUGAAAUCGGCCUUUAUUACAACAACAAAGGAGCCACCUACACGUCACCAGUUGAUCCCGAUUACAGGCAAACUAUUUCCUGCUACUAUGUGGUGAAUGACACUCAGACUAUUUCCUUCAACUCUGAACCAAUACAAAACCAACCUGCUGCAGAGAUCGGAUCAGGACAACUGAUGGUGCAGAUGGGGCUCGCUGAAGAUUCAUCGUAUGAGUUGUUCUACCAAGCAGAAGAUUAUCCAGUGGUGAAAUACCUGAGACAACCUCUGUAUUUUGAGGUGGAGCUGAUGUACGCCACAGACCCGCAGCUGGAGCUCAUCCUGGAGAACUGUUGGGCCACUCUUAAAGAAGACAGGAAGUCCCUGCCCAGCUGGGACAUUAUUGUGGACAGCUGUGAGAACCGUGAUGACAACUACAUGACCGUCUUCCACCCCGUUGCAAUCAACACCCGAGUCGCCAUCCCAUCCCACGUCAAACGCUUCUCUGUGCAGAUGUUCACCUUCACUAAAGACGAAGAGGUUCUGAAAGACCAGAUCUACGUCCACUGUGAUGCAGUGAUCUGUGACGCAAACAGCGACGCAGAUGUCUCCUGCAGAGGCCAGUGUGUGACUCCUACAGGCAUGAAGCCCAACAGACAACAAGGGGUUAAGAGAGCACAAAGAAGCACAAAAUCAAGCAACCAAAGGCAGCUCUCUUCUGGACCAAUUCUCUUAACCACUCAGUCAAACCUUUAAAUAAAAAUCUCUUAACAUUAAAACCCA